CUUUCAGUCGAUCCGCCUUCUCUAACUUGCCUAUAUAAGAUUCCUCAGCAUGCACCACCAACAUUUUACUACAAACCACUUUAAGAGUUGGCAAGAAGAGAGAAGCAAGCAAACAAACAGCGGGACAACAUGUUUCCAGAAACGGAGUGCGGAAUCUGCUACCGAACUUACAACCUCGGUCGGCGGUGUCCUCGACAGCUGAGCUGCAAACACUCGUUUUGCGAGAGCUGCCUGGUGACGCUCUGGCGGUCCGCGGAGAACCCUGAGCCCCGGUUAAUGUGUCCGCUUUGCCGUCACUCCACGCCGCUGGCGGAGGACAAAAUCCAAGAGAGUCUGCCGGUAGACGAGGACAUUUUUGAGCGGCUUGUUACCGCGGGCUGCGCGGAGGAGUGUGCGGAAGACGACGAAGACACCGAGGAGCCCAAACAGGACACUGUCAUCCCACCAAAAGAAGACGUUUCACCCUCGCCAAGAUCGCGUAAAAGACGCCUGAUGAAAUGCAUAAGGCGCCUGUGCCAGAAAUUCACCGGGGCUGAACGGAGAAAUUGUAUGACUGAUGAAGACCUCAGGGACCUGGCAAUGAUGUCCUGCUACAUGAUGUGAAAGACCAUUGUCACAAAAACGAUCUGAACGCCUAAAGAUGUACCCACACAUGAUUUAAGGGAGCAGAUGGAAUCAUUUAAGAAUCAUCUAAUGGAAAACACUGGUUUGGUGCUGAACUGAACAUUUGGGUGGAUGUGUCCCCUCACGUGUUUGAGGGUGUCACGGUUCUGGACGGCAGUCGCAGUGGAAAGAUAUGGAUGACAUGUGUUUAUAUGCUGAAGCUGUGGAAUGUCAGAGCCUGGGAAACAGGAGAGGACUGUUUGCCUUUGGGCGUGACUCGUUGCCAUAACAAAAAUGUAGGACUGUUCCAGAGAAACCUAUAAACAGCACACAAACAAAAACAAGUCUUUUUUUUUUUUUUUUUUACUGAACCAUGCUGCCUAAUAGAUUAUUUGUUUUAGGACAGUAUAUUUUUGGUGCCGUUUCUUUCCUGUUACAAAAUCACUGAGACUAUACUCCACCAGUUUCUCCUUUUUGAAAUAUUGUAACUUAAUGAUAUUUAAGAAUUUCUAUGAAAUAUGACUUGUAUUUAUUGUCUAUUAAGUUUAAUUAUAAGAAGUUUUUAGUGUUCCGUUUGUAUCAAAUUAAAGAUGUAUUUGUCAUGUCGUGAUCACAAAUUAAUUGUAUAUGUAUUUAAGUAUAUUUUCCAUUUUUUUUCAAGAAGAAAAUAUAUAAUGACUGUAUACUAUGUUUGUAUCAAAUAAAGUUUUUUAUAAUUUUUAUGACAA